CUCACAUCAAACCCAGGAAAGACGAUGUUCGUAUACAAUGAAAAGAGAAACGACGGACAGAUUUCAGUCAGAAUUCUGGCUUCGGUCUCGAUAAGCUGGCACGGAUCCAGCCGGAAUUUGCGGUUUGAACGCAGCAGACGAGAUGACGGUUUGCUUUGACCUUUGAGAAUUUGAGCAAAGUAAGAAAAGAAUCGGCACAUGGCCGCGAGACAUAGCAAUUGGAAUUGGAGAUUCGAACUUUCGGCUAUGCUCAGGCCUCCCGUCUCGUCUGCUAUUUCCAUGUGGCUACAUACUGACAUUGCGAUGAAGUUGAGAACUGCCAAGUGGAACUAGUUCGGGAGAUGGCCGUCCAUGAUCCACGGCUCAAUCGAUGGUACAAAUCAGCGGGAGAUGGGCAAAAGAUCACGGGGGUUCUUGGGGAAAGGACCGAAAGCGAUCCUCUACGAGUUGUUGCGACCCAAGACUCGCAGUUCCUGGCAAUGAUCCUUUCCGAAACGAAUCACUGGGCGCCCCUGGUAGAUCACGUUCGAACAGCAACUCUUGGCAAGGUGGGAACCCGUGAGCCUCCAAGUCGCUGGGUCAAGUGGCUCCAACAAACGACACACGUCAUGGCAUUUUCGGAUAUCGCCAGUCCCGGGUCUCUUUUGCGCGUAUUCCAGCGUGGACGUCCGUCAACCAGUCUAUGGGAUCUUGAUCGGGGUCUCCGCUGCUUUCGCAUCCCCCGUACGGACAUUACGAGCGCGAUAGCGAGGGUUGUCCCAGUCACCCCGCCUCCGCGGUGGGCGGCCGGUCCGGCUCCGAGAUGUUUCGACAUCAUCCCAACGUCAGGAAUGACUUUGAGGCGAAACACUAAUUUCGUCGCAACACGUUGCGGUUGAUGCAAGCAGCGAAAGAGGAAAAAAACUAAGAAGAAUCAGACCGAUGUCUUGCCGGCCUUGCGACGGCAGUAGAGUUUCACGGUCAACGACGCACGACCAAGGACAUGUUUGGGCCAAAGAGAAUAG